CAACAUUCACGUUUUGUUUCUCCACAGUCAAUAUUGCACUCUGUUUGUCUAAUCGUCAUAUCACCACAGCUCAGGUUACUCUUUCCCUACACCUUUGAGCUCUUUUCUACAGCCCAGACGCGCGAUCCCCACUUGACGUCCUCGACGCGCCCCGCGUCUGCUCGCAUACCCCACAAUGACAGGCACGACAGAAAAGUUGGCCGAGAAGCUGCCCUCGCCAGAAGAGCUCAAGGAAGAUGUCAAAGAGGCGACCAAGAAGUCGUUCCAGUCGCUGCGGGCGCUGGUCGCGGGAGGCGUAGGUGGUGUAUGCGCCGUCGUCGUCGGCCAUCCGUUCGACCUGGUCAAGGUGCGAAUGCAGACAGCCGAGAAGGGAGUCUACAGCGGGGCUAUGGAUGUCGUGCGGAAAUCGGUCGCCAAGGAUGGGCUGGCGAGAGGACUGUACGCGGGUGUGUCGGCGCCGUUGGUGGGUGUGACGCCCAUGUUCGCCGUAUCCUUCUGGGGCUAUGACGUCGGCAAGCAGCUCGUGUCCAGCUUCUCCAAAGUCGAGAACAACCAGUUCAGCGUCGCCCAAAUCUCCGCCGCCGGCUUCUUCAGCGCCAUCCCGCAGACGCUCAUCACCGCCCCCUUCGAGCGCGUCAAGGUGCUCCUGCAGAUCCAGGGUCAGAAGCAGCUCGCACCCGGCGAGAAGCCACGGUACUCGGGCGGCGUCGAUGUUGUACGGCAGCUCUACAAGGAGGGCGGUAUUCGCUCCGUGUUCCGCGGCUCGGCCAUGACACUGGCGCGUGACGGGCCCGGGUCGGCAUUCUACUUCGCAACCUACGAGGUCGUCAAGAGGAAGCUCACACCCAAGGACCCCGUGACUGGCCUGCCUGGGCCGCUGAGCUUGUCGGCUGUUAUGGUCGCUGGUGGUGCCGCCGGUAUCGCCAUGUGGAUCCCCGUGUUCCCCAUCGACACCAUCAAGUCCCGCCUGCAGAGCGCCGAGGGCCGGCCAACAAUCAGCGGCACUAUCAAGGGCAUUCACGCGAGCGGUGGCUUCAAGGCUUUCUUCCCUGGUAUCGGACCCGCCAUGGCUCGUGCCGUUCCCGCAAACGCGGCCACCUUCGCGGGUGUAGAACUCGCGCAAAAAGCUAUGAGGAAGAUGCUCGACCGCGAUGGCGAAUAAGCUUGCUUGUCUUGCGGUAAAACUUUAUGGAACUACGAGAUUUUCCUUUCCGUCAAUGUCCAUCUUAUGUUCGAGCUUCCGCAUUGCAUACGGCGUCGUUCGAAUUCAUUCACGAUAUAUAUGUAUAUAUAUGUAUAGAGUAAGGGCUUUCUAGAAACGGCCGUAUGUCCUCAAUUAUAGUUUUGUUUCUCCAACACCUCGCGUUUGCUCACUGUGCGGGGCGUGUGUCGCGAACUUGGCCAAGGGAGCCCUGUGGAAUGUGGUCUUGCUCACAGUCUCUCGUAUGAUUUGACAGUACCUUCCAAUGCUACAGCCUCAUGCGAACUCAGUCACGUCUUGAGGAUGCAGAGUGAGCAGAUCGGGAACACCAGGUAUGUGCCUUCUUUGUGACAGUCGUCCAACGUACUCACCAU